CCUUUCAAACAAAACGUGCGCGCGCGUCUUUCUGCUUCUGUUUCCAAACAAAAAUAAUUUCACUCCGUUUGUGUUCCGUCCGCGUUCUGUUCUGGUCCCGUUUAUGAGGUUUUUGCUUCGCGUUGAUUGUUUCAUUCUACAAAAGGGGAGAUAUUUUGCGGUUACCUCGAUUUUCGUUCCAGCACCAUGAAGAAAGCGUCCUCCUCAAAAUCAAAAUCAGACGAACCGGCCGCGAAGAAGCCAAAGGUCGAGGGAGGUCCCAUCAAGGUGGACGAUUUCGUAGACAAGUUUAAGGCGAUCCGCCAGGAAACGGCCAAGUCCGUGCUGGACUUUGACUUCAAGAAGAAGCGCAUUCGCAUUCUGUCGGACGCGAAGGAGGUUGAGGAGGGCAAGGCCGGAGUGGUCUACUGGAUGUCGCGCGAUGCCCGCGUUCAGGACAAUUGGGCGUUCCUGUUUGCGCAGAAGCUGGCGAUGAAGAACGAGCUGCCGCUGCACGUUUGCUUCAGUUUGGUUCCAAAGUUCCUGGAGGCCACGAUCCGGCACUUUAAGUUUAUGCUGAAGGGAUUGGAGGAGGUGGCGAAGGAGUGCGAAUCUUUGAACGUACAGUUCCACAUGCUGACCGGGAUGGCCAAGGACACGGUGCCGAAGUUUGUCAAGGCGCACAAAAUGGGCGCGGUCGUGUGCGACUUCAGUCCGUUGCGCGUUCCGGCGCAGUGGGUUGAGGACGUGCGGAAGGCACUGCCGGCUGAGGUUCCGUUGUGCCAGGUCGACGCCCACAACGUGGUCCCGGUUUGGGUGACCUCGGAGAAGCUAGAGUACGCGGCACGAACCAUUCGCACAAAGGUCAACAACAAUCUCAACACGUACCUGACGCAGUUUCCGCCGGUCGUCAAACAUCCGCACAAGUCCAAGCUGAAGGCGGAAGCGAUCGAUUGGCCAAAGCUGCUGGACACGCUCCAGGUCGAUCGCACCGUUGACGAGGUCGAGUGGGCCGUCCCCGGUUACACUGGCGGCGUGGCCACUCUACAAGGUUUCGUCGAGAAGCGCCUCCGAAAGUUCAACGCCAAACGGAACGACCCAACCGACGACGCCCUCUCGAAUCUCUCGCCCUGGUUCCAUUUUGGCCAGAUUUCCGUGCAGCGUGCGAUUCUCGCCGUCAAAAAGUACGGCAAGGGCUUCUCCGAGGGUGUGGCCUCGUUCUGCGAAGAAGCCAUCGUCCGCCGCGAACUCUCGGACAACUUUUGCUACUACAACAAAAACUACGACAACCUGCAGGGCGCCUACGACUGGGCCCGCAAAACCUUGGACGAUCAUCGCAAGGACAAACGCACCCACGUCUACACCCGCGACCAGCUCGAACAGGCCAAAACGCACGACGACCUGUGGAACUCGGCCCAGCUCCAGAUGGUCAAGGAGGGCAAAAUGCACGGCUUUCUGCGCAUGUACUGGGCGAAGAAGAUUCUCGAAUGGACCAAGUCGCCGGAGGAGGCGCUCGAAACCGCCAUCUACCUCAACGAUCGAUACCAGCUGGACGGACGCGACCCGAACGGAUACGUCGGCUGUAUGUGGAGCAUCGCCGGCAUCCACGAUCAGGGCUGGCGCGAGCGGGAAGUUUUCGGCAAGAUUCGCUACAUGAACUACGAGGGUUGCAAGCGCAAGUUUGAUGUGGCCGCCUUCGUGGCGCGUUACGGCGGAAAGGUGUACAAGAGCAAGUAGAAGAGCAAGUUUUUUGUUUGAUGAGCAUUUCCAGUCAGGUCCACCGAAAUCGUAAGUAUUCGUACUUUUUAAGUUGCUUCCUUAUAUUUUUGUUUUUGCUUUUCUUUUUUGUUAC